AUGAAUGAACAUCCAACAAAAAAAAUAAAGAUUUCUUUGGAACCGUUUAUAGACAACAAUGUGGCGGAUAUUACAAAUCUCGGUCAAGAAAUCAUGAAGGCAGAAACAAGCUUGCCUGAAAAGCUUAUGCAAUCAGUGGACCGAGUGUGGUUUGAAAGAGGUGAAUGGAAAGAUAUCACCGAAGAUUCUUUGGAAAAGUCAAUAGAAAAGAAAGAAAAUGCAAUGCAGGAUGAUCGAGACGAGUCAGAACAAGAAGACAUGCCUUCGACCUCGAUACCUACGAUAGCACAACAACAGCAACCUCCACCAGGUUUUGAUAUUGUCAAGUUAAGAGAAUCGGUGAUCAAUAAGCUAUUUCAUGCGAAAAGUGAAAUUGAUGUUGCAUUGGAUGUGAUCAAUAUUUUAGCAGCAGGCAAUCGUUCUUCAGCAGCUACAACCAAGGAUUUAGUAUUGCCUGUUGGAUCUUUAGCAGCCACAUAUGUGACAAGGCCAAAGCAGACCACUAAAGCUCAAUUAGAAUCUACACAACUCAAUUUGGGUUUAAAGAGAACGAAACAAAAGCAAGCUGCCGAAUUUUUAAGGAACAGUGCGGCAACAUUAAAAAACCUAGUCGAGAAAGAACAAGUGUUUUGGGAUGAAGCAUUAGAUUUAAGAAGAAACAAUUGGCAAAUGCUGCCAAAUACUCAACCAGGCAAUAUUAAUGCUGGCUCAUCGUUUUUUGUUCAGUAUGGAUUUGCAGAAGUUGGAUCGGAUUUUAAUGAAGCCUCUAUCGGCGAAUUAAAGAGAGCGAACGAUACAAAUAGCAGCAAAUUACAAAUGUCGUUGCCACAUGCCAACCCGCGCCGAGUUGUUGUCAGUGUUAGUCAGAGCCAUAUGGGUCAAUUGGGGAUUGGCCGACAAGAGUUUUCUGAAGGUAUUCUGGGCAUGACAGACAGAGAAGAGCAACAGGAAAAAGGAUCAGACAUAACUCCACCUUCCUUCAGAACAAAUGCUUUACAUAGCGAUAUACAGACUCAAUUGGUAGAGGCACAUUCAACUGUGUUUGAUGCAGAACUGUUUUCUGAUGUGCUCGCAGAAGCACAAGCAUUAAAUAGCAACGUACGUUUCCCAGAUGACGAGAUUGUGAUCAAUAUUGACGGUAAAAUUGAUUUAUCUAUUCGUAAAAUGCUUGUCGAGAACACAUCUACUGUUUCUGAAAAAGUAUAUUCACAACACAUUAUCAGCCGUUCAAUCAACCUAGCCCUUCGACUCUUAUUGCUUCAACAUCAGAGAUAUAAUGCAUGGAAGAUUAAAGCAAGAACGUUGUCCACAAAUCCCAAAAUACGCCAAUUGCUUGCCCAGCACGACGCUUCUCUUUCUUCAAUAUCUUCUGCAGCAUCUACAACAGCAACAACAGCAACAGCUGCAGCUGCAGCUGUAGCAGGAACAGCAGUAGGAACAGUAGGAGUAUCAUCGGCCAGUGGAGCAUCGAAUACAGCUGGGCAAAGUCCUCAAAUAACACAUUCUGCAGCAGCAACAUCAGUAGCUAGUCCUAGCACAACCAUCAAUAGUAACGUAUCCAAUUCAGUCAAUUUGAGUACAGUCGUAGGUAAUGUGACAGGAGCAACAGGAGUCGGAAGCAACACUUCCGCUGUGAUCAGUGCAGCCUCAAUGCGUGCACGGACAAGACGACAUAACCAGCUUGUACCUCGUGAUCUCCCCCAACAAAUCCCAAUCUUACUUCCCAUUCUAUCACUAACUCGGUUCUGGGUACAAUUUGAUCGCGUACGUCAAGUGGUCCAUCACCUUAUAAAUCCAUUAUGUGCGUUCAUGCCUGUUUCUACUCACUUUAAGUGCGAACUGUUGUCUGUACCCAUCCCUACAAAACGCUCAUAUGAUGCAUACCCUGGUUAUACGGAUGUAUCACUGAGUCUCGGCAUCAGUCUGUUUAAAGGGCCUUCUCUGAAGUUUGGCUUAAACCAAUCUGGCUUUAUAUCUGUCUGUCUUCCACAAACAACAGUUGUACUUCAAAACGUAUCUGAAUUUGAAGCCUUCUUAUCAAGAGAGAUCAAAGUCGUUUGCUUACGUACUGUCUGUGACAUUGCAAAUGAUAUCAUGAGUAGAGACCAACGCUAUCUUAGUGCAGUCGAAAGCAGUAAGCAACGGUUUUUGUGGCAAGUUGAUCAAGUGGAUGAGGCAAUUCAUGGCUCUGUUUGGUGGGGUCAUGAUGUCGAUCCUGUAUGGAGAAAUAUGUAA